GGGGAGGGGAAGAUGGAGCAUGACCGCAACCCGUCGGGGGUGCUUGCGACACGCGGAAGAGCGCCACGGGACAUGUGCGCUCCGUCGAGCUGAAGAAAUCACGCUGAACGAAAGGUCCGUGGACUCGGCGACCGCGAGCGAAACUUCGUCUCAGCUCGACGAGCGGAGAAGACGAGCGUCGCUCUCUGUUGAAAACAGGGCACCCCGUUCCCCCGUCUUCCGUCUUCUCGCGGGACACGUCGAGUCGCGCGACACUGUUAGAACAUGUGGCGCUCUCCAGAGGUCUCGCGCCGUCCUUGUUGAAUGAGAGCCUCCUCUCAUUCGCAGCGACCGAAGGGACCUGCGGGGGUCGGUGCGUCCCCCCUCAAUGGAUUCUCGUGCGGGAGUAGGAAGAUGCAGCGAAGAGACGCGACUUAAAUGCCGUCGUUAGCGAUCGUCCCAUCACGACACGACCCUCCCGCCUGCCAACGACGGUCGCGCGACGUGCGUUAUAAUCCGCUCGGAUGCGACAUCGUUGCAGCGGCUUCAGCGGCAUCGGUAUCAGCGGCUUGUCGACAAUUUGGCCCGGCGCACAGGUGCGCCGGUGCGCGCUAAUUCGCCUGGCGAAUUCCCAAUCAGUCCCUCCCACCUCGGAGUGACCGGACGGGCAGUCUGACACGAGGGGGACCAUCCGACGCGUGGAAUUAUCCGCCGGAUGGCCGGAUGUUGCGUCGCGCGAUCGGUGAACGCGCGGGGAUGAGGCAGCUGCCGGCACCGGACGAACCUCAGAGUCGAGACGAGUAAACGAGCUCGGCGGCUGUGUGCGUGCGUGGCCGCGAUCGAGUCCGAGAACUCGACGUUCCCUCCAAACAACCACGCUCAUCCCUCCGAGAGCAGGCUGAAAAACAGCGACCUCGAUCCUCGGAAUCGUCUCCCCGUCGUCCUGGCCGCGAUCGAUGUGUCCCCGCCGCGGACGGAUACUUCCGGGACGGCCACGGAUUUAUGCAUAUGUAUGUCCUCUACGUGGCGUUAUACUGUGCGAACGACCAGAGUCAAGGUCGAAUCGGCUAUCCUGGACCGACGAGCAAGCGAUAGUCUGAAUCAUGAAGAGACUCGGUCAGAAAUAGCGCGCUCGAUAUCGUCUCCACGGCAGUCUCGACCGUAUCGCGGCCUGUACGGAGCGUAUGUUAUCGUCCCUGAUUGGCAGUAACCGGAGCUAAGAUCCCAGCUCUAAUCCUCUCCUUCUCUCUCUCUCUCCCUCUCCUCCCUCUCCUCUCUCUCUCUCUCUCUCUUGUCGUCCCUGUCUCUACGCUACCCGUUUGAAACUUGAAGCGGAUAUAUCGCGGCGCUAACGCGGGCGUUGCGCAAACGACGGUGUGUCGGAGCGAUGGAGGACAGAGGCAUAUAGUUCAUGGCUGAUAAAAGUGAACCGUCGCGAGACACGAGAGACUUGACAAUCGAUCGCCGGAGAGCCGAAUGUUUCGCGGUCGCGGAGUGCUCCGGAGGAUGGAAGCGCCGCGCCGGGGACGGGGUCGGAUUUACGAGCGUGUGUAUAAACCGCACAGUCGUGAGAUUGAUCAGAAACUCGGCGAGAAAUGAGCCGAGAAGCACCGCGAUGUCCCGGGAACGCUCCCAUCUGACUCGAAAUUCUCGAUCAAGGCACCUCAAACGCAAGUGGACUGCGCUCGGAAUAUCGUUCAAUCGCUGCGCUAUGCUCGACCGGUCGAUGUGGUGAACCGCGCGACGCUGCGCGGACGCCUGUGUGAAAAAUUAAAAUGCAGACAACUCGGAAUUGAUUGAUAUUCGAUCAAACCUGAAGAGAGGCGCGACUCCUCGAAAAUAUUGAACGCCGUGAUAGACGCGAGCAGAUCGCGAGCAAUAAAUCGCGAGAACGUCGUGAUGGAAAUAACGACGGCGCAACUGUUGCUCCCAUAAAUCAGGUCACUCUUUCGGCAUUUCCUCUCGAUCUAGCGAGGCGGUGCGAAGCGCGCGCUAACGCGACUUUAAAUUGUCGGAGGGAAGGCCGGGAUGACGCCGUGUUUUUCCUACGGCGACGCGACAAAAUGCGGAAGUGCGAAAGCGGGUCGCGCGAUACGUUCCAUUUUGAAAGGAGCCGUUCUAACCGGUCGACGCGGAGGAGCGUUUUAUUGAGGAAGAGGCUCGACGUAUAAACGCCAUCAUGUAGAGGCGGAAAUUCGCGGAGAUGCCGAGCCGAAGACACGAGAGCCCCGUCGCCGACGUCGUCAACGUCAACUUCACCGUCGGCCUAUAGGUGCUUCGCAGAUAGUGACGAAGGUGGCCGGGCUGGACGGACAGGACCAGGUGUCGUCUCGCCGUUUCCCGCCGUGGUGGCAGUGACGUGGUCGCGGCAGGGUCCAGGGGCCCAUGGCCGGGAAUUGUUUUCGCCAGUUCUGGUGGUGGAUCCCGAUCGCGAUCCUAUACCGGUGGAUUCUUCCUACCUCGGCCGACGGCGGUCGCAUUUCGUGCAUGUCCACCUAUCCUUCGGAGGUAGCCCGCGAGCAACCCGAGUCCGACGCGGACGUAGUAGUCUUCCUGGGCGAGAGAUGCGACCGGGAGAUCAACGUCACCGAGAUACAGGAUCACUUGGAGCGCGCGCCGGACGCCGGCGAGCUCUCGAUCAGCGUGAUGCCGAGAUCCUUGACGUGUGAGACGGAAACCGGCGGCCUGGGCGCGCUAAUCCACGCUUUAGGCGAGAGCAAAACAAAGGCGGUGAUAGCCGCGCUCGACAGCUCGAUCUGCGAGGUGGCAGCCAAGCUCGCGCAUCUUGGGAAUAAGCCGUUGCUCACUUGGACCUGCCCGCUGAGAGAUUUGAAGGAGAGGGAUCUCUCAUCGGUCAUUAGGCUUUCUCCGUCAUUACCAUCAAUGGCUAACGCCGUGGCGGAAAUUUUCCUGCACCUGCAGUGGAAAACCGCGGCCAUUAUUGGUAUCGAUCGCGAGCCGUGGUCCAGCCUGGACCGCGCGGUGAUCAACGCACUCGAGAGGAUCGGCGUCGUCCUGCGCUACCACCUGAUCCUACCUCAUCGCGCCACCCUCGAGCAGAUCCGCAGGAUCCUGAGGUCCGUGAGCAGCGUCUCGCGUCGAGCGACUGUGCUCUGCCUGCCGCUGUUCGACGAGACGACGAAUCGCGUCCUGAUCGAGCUGGACGUCGCCUGGCAAGCGCACAUCCAGAACUCCGUCAUCCUGAUGAUCCACACGGAGGAUAUCGACCCGUUCCUACCGAAGGACGACUCGCCGACCUCGCUCGCCACCGACCCAUCGACCUUGGCACACUCCGCGAAUACUCAGUCUUCCAAUUUUUCUACAUCGAACAUAACUCGCGUCAGCGAGGCUCCGCAGGACGACGACAGGCCGCGGAGAUUGCAGUUGACGCCGCGCAGGUUCUCUCCGCCGAGAAACCUCAGCAGUGCCACGACGGAGAACCUAGUCGCGGUCGCACCGCUCGAUCAAAGGUACGACGUGCAGAAGGUCUUCAACGGCACGCAGGACUACGCGACGGUGGCGUUGCUCGACCGGUUGAACGAGUCGCUGGCCGUGCUGACGCACGACAACAGCAGCAUCGACAGCCACAACAACAAGAUGUACACAUACGCCCUGAUGGACUGGCACGGCACCAGCUGGGAGCCGAUCCUCGCGGUGGUCGAGCGGCAGCAGCGGUUGCUGGUCCAGCAGCUGACGCCUAACGCGCUGGCGUUCCUCAACGUCGAGAGUUCCGAUCUGCUAUCCUGCGACGACGACGCCGAUUGCGCGGCAGGUGGCUUGGCCGACAUGUCUUUCCGCACCACACAUAUCGUAGCUAUUAUUCUGGGGUCGCUGCUGUUCACCUUUGUCGCCAUCGCUAUCGCGAUUAUAAUCCGGAAGCGCCUGCUCAAAAAGAGGAUGUCCAAAGGGCCGUACAAAAUUAUCCUGACGACGUCGGACUUUGUUUUCCCUCAAGUGCCUCCAAUAAAUUCGAAAACGGUAGACGAGGGCAUCGAGGCGAUGCUGUGCUGCUGGCUACAGCAGCUGCAGGAGUUCGGCGGCCCGGAAGUCGAAAAGCCGGAUCUGCUCCAGCUAGGAAGUGUGAACUCCCUACGGCCGUACUUGCAGACCAACAGCGGGAAUAUGCUGCGACAUACUUUCUUCAAGAAUCCGCGCGCUAGGUAUAACGGUGACCUGGUACAACUGAAGGAGCUGCCCCUUCAAGGUACGUUCGAACUGAAGAACAAGGCCAUGGACGUGCUGGUCACGAUCCACGGGCUGCGACACGAGAACCUCAAUCCUCUGAUUGGAUGCCUUAACGAACCUACGAGACCCUGCCUAGUGUUGGAGUACUGUUCGAGAGGCUCUCUGGAGGACGUGCUUGUCCAGGACGAUAUCAAGCUCGACUGGUCCUUCAGAUUAUCCUUGCUCACCGAUCUCGUGCGGGGCAUGAGAUACUUGCACGGCACGCCGAUACGCAUCCACGGCUGUCUGACCUCGCGCAACUGCGUCAUCGACGCAAGGUGGGUCCUGAAAGUCACCGACUACGGCCUGCCUGCGUUUUAUGAAGCACAGAACAUAGUGCCAUCGGCUAAGACAGCCCGAGACCUGUUAUGGACCGCGCCGGAACUGCUCAGGUAUCCGAAUCUGCGAAAAAAGGGGACCCAGCCGGGAGACGUUUACAGCUUCGGGAUUAUUAUGCAGGAAGUCGUUGUUCGCGGAGAGCCGUUCUGCAUGCUCGCCCUGUCGCCGGAAGAUAUAAUCGAGAAAGUGAUGAGGCCACCGCCGCUAAUCAGGCCGUCGGUCAGCAAGGGUGCCGCACCGCCGGAAGCCAUAAACAUCAUGCGCCAGUGUUGGGCGGAAGCCGAGGAGAUGAGGCCCGACUUCGACGACGUGCACGACCUCUUCAAGAAGCUGAAUCACGGAAGGAAAGUCAACUUCGUGGACACGAUAUUCCAAAUGCUCGAGAAGUACUCCAACAACCUGGAGGAACUCAUCCGAGAGCGUACCGAGCAGCUCGACAUGGAGAAGAAAAAGACUGAACAGUUGUUGAACAGAAUGUUACCUAGCUCGGUCGCCGAAAAACUGAAGCUCGGCAUGCCCGUCGAUCCCGAGGAGUUCCGCGAGGUCACGAUUUACUUCUCGGACAUCGUCGGCUUCACCACGAUAUCCGCGCGCUCGACGCCCUUUCAGGUGGUCGAUCUGCUCAACGAUCUGUAUACUUGUUUCGACGACACAAUUAACGCGUACACGGUCUACAAGGUGGAGACCAUCGGCGACGCUUACAUGGUCGUGGGUGGCUGCCCCGUGCGAAUACCCGAUCACGCAUCCCAAGUGGCGACCAUGGCGCUUGACCUGCUGCACCAGAGCGGAAAAUUCAAGUUGAAGCAUCUCCCGGACACGCCGCUGCGGCUACGCAUCGGUCUUCAUACGGGACCGUGCUGUGCCGGCGUGGUGGGGCUAACGAUGCCGCGUUAUUGCCUGUUCGGCGACACGGUGAACACCGCCUCGAGGAUGGAGUCAACCGGCGCGCCGUGGCGUAUCCAUCUGAGCCAGGCAACGAGGGAUCGAUUGACGCAGGUCGGCGGCUACCACAUUGAAUACCGCGGGCCCACCGAUGUUAAGGGUAAAGGCAAGAUGCCGACCUACUGGCUGCUCGGCAAGCAGGGCUUCGACAAGGAGCUACCCAGGCCGCCGCCCCUCGGGGAGAACCACGGGCGCGAGGAGAGCCUGAUCUUCGAAAGCCAACCGAGCGGAUUGUCGAGCGACUCGGCGGGCUCACAGCUGCCGGUGAUCCCGUCGCAGGACGAAACGCACGAGGAACCUGAGGAACCAGUCGAGGCAACAGUCAACAGGGACGAUUCGAUCAGCAGCGGGUUAGCUAACAACGACAGUCGAGCCGGCUCCUUCGAGGAGCCCAGCACCAGGAAGGUGUCAGUCUCCGUGCACGACGAGCGCUCGCUGCUGCCCAGCUACUCCUUGAAGUCCACCAACGACUUCAUGGAAGCGCUGUCUGGAAGGCAAGAUCCGACGACUAAGACGUGCGAGCAUGCCGGUACCGUCAGCAAAAGUACAUCCGGCGACACCCAGGCCUCCCUCGGAGUGUCGUCCUUGGUAUCCGGCGGUGAGCCGAUGGCGACGGUCCUCGGAGCGUCUACUAGCUCGCUCACGUCGAUCGCCAGUUCGGCGACGUAUCGACAGCCGCCAAGACUUCGACGGCUCGCCGGCUGCAUCGACGAGAAGGACCUCAGCACUCCGUAUAAUUACUACAGGUGUCUGUCGCCCAAUGAGCAUCACGGGAAAGGUCCCGGCUGCCGAAUACUCAAAAGGCAAUUUAGCUUGGACCGUCCGGACGAUCCGACGACCACGAUCCCGGAGCAGUCCGGCACAGUCGGCCAAAGAUCAACUCCUCGUCUGUACAAGCAAAACAGCGCGGGCGCGGCUAACGACUUGGAGAGAAUCGAGGAGGUGCCAGCCACCCCUGGGCCUCUCCUUCAGAACUACCGUCACGCCGCUUCGGUCUCUCUGUCCGUCGAGUCACUGUCGUUACGUUGAGACUCCAUGAAAAGAAGCCCGAAUCUCACGAGAUCGAACUAGUACCUGCGUCACGCUUGGAGUGCAAACGAUGCACGCAGGAGCGCGUUCAUAUAGACGCGUCGUCGUCGUCAGUGAGACGCGCUGAGUAAGCGACUGUAAACGAGAAAUAUAAAAACGAAAUUGAAGCGAGGUCAAUGGGAAACGGUGAUGGUGGAGUCAAUCCAUAGACUUCUGAGCCUGAAUCCGGAGAAGUCACGUCGGCCACGAAGACCGUUCGCAAUAAUUCGUCCUUAAGGUCUCAGUAGCGCUUUGAGCACGUGUUUCGCCGUGACGCGUAAACGAUUGCACUAUUGUGUGUGACUCGUUGUUCGCUCCGUCUCUUAUCCGUAUCUUAUCUCGAUGUACAUCGUAUUAGUUUCUCGUAAAAUACCCGCGACCAGGAGAGUGUGUUAGAAAGUCGAUGGCGUUAGCGCGCGUGUAGGUCAAUCAUAGGUAAUCGUUGGCGGGACGGCGGGGAAGAAAAAAGGAAGCGGAAGAAACCCUCACGGGCGACCCGCUGUUCUCGAAGUCCCUCCGGCGAGUUUGUACCUGUCGACCCCGCGUAUUUGGAUGUUUUACCGGUAAACUGGAGCUUCCGGUGGCUCAACUAGGCGUUGUUCGACCACGGCCAUCCCUCGUCGAACUCGGCAUUCCAGUAUCCCGGAGAAUGCGAAUGUGUAAAUGUGAAUGUACAUUCUCGGGUGUCCAUCUCGGAUGGCUCGAACGACGUGAGAUAUUCGUAAUCCCAGAUAUGUCACAGGAUACCCCCGGGUAGCCGCGAAUUUGACGUCGAACACUCGGCACGCACUCCGCGUGGGACGCGGUCGGAUUUACUUCGUAAGCGCGUUAAAUCGCCGAGAGAGAUUUUGGAUUGUAUUGGAUUGUAUUUCUCUCAGUUUCGUUAGAUUCCCGUCCGACAACGGGAGUAGAAGAGCAGCCUCUUAUCGCGGACGACAAUCUCCAUCGCGCUGAUCUCCCGUCAUUUUUCGCUAACUCGACGAUCGCGCCAGGACUAACUAACUGCUUCCCCCGACGUCGGAUUGCGAGAUCGACGAGGUCAUCGAAUGUGCACUCGAUAUGUUCGAAAAAUAUUCCGGUAACUUGGAUUCUCGGGCAGAACGAGCAGCCGACUUGGCUCGAGUAAGUGAGCGAGUAAAUGAUGAGCUGCUUCCAAACUGAAUAAGAGGAAUGAUUCCAAUCAAAAUUUCGCAUACGUGUUUACUCAGGCUAUCUGGAUAAUACAAUUUACAUGAUACCUGAUGAAUACUUCGCAACCCCACUUUGAGCAUCAUAUCGUCCAUGUUAACUUUCGUCCGUCCCUUGAAACUCAAUCCUGAAGUCGGUGUCCGUUUAAAAAUUCCGCAUACUUCCGGAGAGUGUCGGAUAUUAUUCGUCAGUGAUUAGGAGCGUUUAUCAACGACCGUAUCUUUGUCUUCGUCUAGGUUACAAUCUGGUUACAAUUUUAGCCUCGAGACUAAUUCAGUGUCUUUUAAAGAGCAAUGACAUUUUGACAACUGGCACACAUAAAUCGGAGCUUCCCUGAGCAACUGACGAGAUUAUCGCGACACUAUGUCUGCUGCUGUGUCGACUUUGAGAUUCCACUCAGCGUUAGAAGUAUAUCGGCACUAUUUUACAUGGCAACUUUAGUAAUUCUAUACUUGCGACGACAAAUAACUAAUACGUAUACGAUAUGCCAAUUUGUCGAUUAUAACGCUACCUUUGACUGUAUCGGAUGUACGAUAAGUGUGCAAGUAAGAAACGAAACAGACACGUUGCGUAUUUUAUCGGAGAUUUUGCGCGGAUAAGCCGUCGUGUAAUUAUCGAUGACGAGGAUAGUCCCCCGAAUCAAUAGAGGACUAUUUCACGCGUCUCCUCUUUCCUCUUCACUCGCGGUCUAUGACUGAGUCUCGAAAUCAAAUACGCUCGUCGAAUCUGCUUAGUUUCUUGUUUAGCGAGCAUCUCUACUAUGAUAUAUAAUAGAAUAUACUAUUCACGGUCUUUUCUGAACCAGCCUCGACGCAGUCGACGCUAAUCCGGACGACAAUCGUUAAGGAAUAAUCGCAUUUUUUAACGCUACCGUAUAAUAAUAAUAACUGAUCCGUAAUUUUCGAUAGCUGUCUCUCACUCGCGAGGAAAAAGAGCUCUCAACAGCUGUAUAAGAUUCUUGCGGGUAAAGCUCAUUUUAAAAAGUUUAUAACUCGCGGCGGAAUUCGGAGAACGAAAUUCUGUUCUUUCUUUUCAUUUUAUGUGCGACGUACAGAAGAAGACAUUUGAAGAUUUUCAGACGUAUAUAUGUACACAUCUUGUGAAAAUGUCUAUAAAUGUAAUUCUAACUCUUCAAAUGUUUUCUUAAACCCAUUUUGCAGAUGGUCCGUAAUUCGCAAGACGCAAAUUACAGAUUGUCUAGAGCGUGCUUGAAAAUCGGUGCAUAAUUAUUGCGUGAUUCGUGAACACGCACGCGCGUCCGCGGCCGCGUGCUGUAGACGAUAUACGAUACCUCGAUGUACUUCGUGUAGUCACGUAGUCACUCUAAUGUUAGCGAUAUAAAUAAAUCUGAAUAGAUUGUACUUCUCCCUCGGAGUCUUUCCGCAUUCCAUACGACAGGCAUCCUCAAAUUAUUAUACGCGGAUUGUACAAUAUCCGGAGACACGGUCAGCUCUUUGCAAUUCAAGUUUCAUCCCCUCUCGAUAUCUAGAAUUUCCAUACGCUCACAUUUCCCCAUCACUUUUGUGACCAGAUUUUUUAAACUUUCGACGGUAUAUCAGAAAAAUUCAGUAGCGCACUGAAAAAAUGAAAAGUAAAUAACCAUCGAGAAGUGCGAAGGACAGCGAAGGAUUGGAAUAUUUUUCAUAAGGAUGCCUGUUAAUCCAUUUGCCGUAAUAACCAUUUGUUAUCAGUGGCGUAACAAAUAUGCAGAAAAUUAAACGAAACGUAAAUAAUUAAAUGAAAGCAUUUAACGCUGAAAAUCCUCUGAUUAUAAUUUAAUCAUCAUUUGUUAACUUAUGUCUAUUAUUUAUUUAAUUAAUAGUUUUGCUUCUAAGAAAAUCCUCUUAAAAAUCGCGGAGAAACCAGAAAUUCAUUCGCUCUGAUGACUAUUUUUAUUUGUUUGAUACACGUUAUUGCACAAAUGAAGAUCUUUUCAUUCGCGAACACCUCUAUCUCUAAAAUGGCGGGAUAUUCGUUACGCCACUGAUCAUCGUUUCUAUACGUACGUUUGACUGUGAAUAGAAGAGAAUUUAAUUGUACGUAUAAAUGUUGCGUGUUAAAAAAGAGAUGUUAUAUCGAAAGAAGAUCUAAAUAUGUAGCAUAGCAAUCGACAGCGAGGGUCGGAUAUUUGUAUAUUUCAGACGCAUCGUGCGAUUA